CGGACUUUAUACGGAUACUGAUUUGUGAGUUUCCGUAAUCUCUUAAUUCUCUUUACAUCAUGGGAAAAUAUUACUGUGACUAUUGUGACACUUAUUUGACUCAUGACUCUCCUUCAGUUAGGAAGACACAUAAUUCUGGUCGCAGGCACAAGGAAAAUGUAAGACUAUACUACGUCAAUUGGUUAGAGAGUCAGGCACAAUCAUUUAGAAUGAGUUUGAUUCGACCAAUGGGUCCGGGAUUAUUAGCUCCCCCUGGAAUGAUCCCAGUUCCCCCAGGCAUGGCACCACCAGGGAUAAUGAUGCCUCCGCCUAUUGGACUCCCACCUCCUCCUCGUCCUGGCAUGGUCCCAGCUAUGCCACCACGCCUUCCUGGCCCCCCUCCUCCUGGUUUUCCACAAGUACCUCCCCCGGGGAUUCCUCCUACCUCCGUCCCACCAUCAAUCCCACCUGUUGCUAAUGUUACGACUCCACAAUAACAACAAUAAUAAUAAUAACAACAUUAUAAUAAGUUUGUGAUUAUAAAAAAAUAAUGUGAAUUGUGCUGAUUCAGCAA